CUUUGACCUCAAGCUUCUCUUGUUGAACUUGUUGAACUUUUGUCUUUUAUCUCCACACUGAACCACAUCUGGCUUUUUGGCUGUUUAGAUAUCUACAUGAAAUUCAAAAAGAGGAAAAGUUGAUCUUUCUACGUGAAUUCAACAACUGACAGAAUGAGAAAAAAAGAUUCAGCCACUAUAAGGAAGUGGCACUUACGCAAAAGGGGAAGUAAACGCUGUAUCUCUCCUAAAGAAGUCAGAAACGUUGACAGUUGAGGGCGAGAGAACAAGAGAGAGAGACGGAGAGGUACGAUGGCUGAAUUCAGACGGAUUCAAAUAACUUUAUUUGUGAUUCUGCUGCUUCCGUUUACAGCAGUAGCUGGACAAAAAACCCUCUCCAUCACUGUCAGAGCUGGAGAUGAAGUCACUCUGCCUUGUGAAAAUGUGAUAAUUCAGGACAACUGUAGCAGCACCACUUGGCUUUCUAGUCAUAAAGGGGAAGCAGCAGUAGCGCUGAUAGAGCUUGGACAGAUUAAAGAUGAGAUUCUCAAAGCUAAAUCAGACAGACUGAGUGUUAAAGAGAAAUGUUCUCUGGUUAUAAAGAAUGUCACAGAGGAGGAUGUUAGUCGUUACACCUGCAGACAGUUCAACAAAUCAGGAGGACCACAACAAGGUCCAGAUGCUGUGGUAUUUCUGUCUGUCGUCAACAUGGUAGAACAGAAGAACACUGAUGAUACAGUCACCUUGAUCUGCUCUGUGUUGACUGAUGCUGGGUGUGAACACUCAGUGAAGUGGCUGUAUGAGGGGAAUGAGACUGAUGUGGAGAUAACACCUCUUACCUGUUCAGCCAGUGUGACAUUUCCUCCUCAUCUUAAUCAGAAGUUACUGAAGUGUAAGGUGACAGAUAAGAAGAAUGGAAACACGCUGCUGUGUAAUGUCGGCCCCCAGUCUUCUUGUAAGAAAACAGAAAGUACAACAGUGGGAACAGAUAACACUUCAAAGAAUGACACUCCAACAAGACCAGGAAGCACAACAGAGGGAAAAGACAAUACAUUGUCUGCAAAUGAUACUCCAUCAAUACAAGAUUGGUGGCUGUACAUCAUUGUUCCUGUGGGAGUAACAGCACUCUUAGCAGCAAUCAUCAUUGUGGUAGUCAUCAGACGGAAGAAAACUAAAAGUAACAAAACGCAGACAAAUGAAAACAUUAGACUGAGUUUGAACCCUGCAGAGACUCAGUCUGCUCCAGAAAUCAGUCAGGACAUGGCUGAUCCUGAAGGUGGAGUUUUCUACGCCUCCAUCAGCCACACCAAGAAGAGCAGCAGUAGAGCUCAGGCUCGGGGUAAAGAUGCUGAUGCUGAUGAUGAUGCAGUGACCUACAGCACCGUGAAAGCUCCUCUUCCUUCUGCUGCUGCUGCAGCCUCUGCUGAUGUCAGCGACCUCUACGCCACCAUCAACAAACCAAACCAAUAAGACAGCACGGUGUAGUUACAGCUCAUAGCAUUACAGGUAUUUGCACUGAUAGUUAAUAACAAAGACCAGGGGUCUCAUUUUAAAUGUGGCGUACACACAAAACGGGGCUGCAAAUGUGCUUACGCCACUUCCCACGCAAAGUUUGUGAUUUAUAAAAAACUAACUUGACGGGAGAAUGGGUGCCUGCCG